CCUGUAAAGUUUUUUGUGGAUCAGCAGCGCGUCCAAAAUGGCUGCGUGCUUUUAUCUUGUGGCCAAGCGCAGUAUUGUUACACAUUAGCUAGUUACCAGUUUUAUUAAAAUUGCAUUGUCAUUGCCACAGCACACAGGAGUAGGCAUUGCUUAUGACAAAUUUGAUUAUGUGAUUUUUCUUUGGUAGCGGUGAUUCGUGGAAUUUUCGCUGAAUUUACCUAGCCAGCUAGCUGGCUGGCAGGAGAAGCUAACUUUGCAUUUAACAACACAGCAGAGGCUAGUUGAAUGAAUGCCUGAUAGAUGUCUUGUCUGAGUUCAAGUUCCUUGGGCUUUAUAAGUUACUGGAAAAAUUUGUUCUCAUAAUCAAAGCUGGCUUUGAGGAUCAGUCAUCUCACGUAGCUACGAUAUCGUCAAAAUAAUAUUAAGUCUCAGGAUGCCUGAGAUUAAAGUAACUCCGUUGGGCGCUGGGCAAGAUGUUGGUCGAAGCUGCAUUUUGGUUUCCAUCGGUGGAAAAAAUAUCAUGCUGGAUUGUGGAAUGCACAUGGGAUACAAUGAUGACAGGCGUUUCCCAGAUUUCUCCUACAUCAUUCAAAAUGGACGUCUAACAGAAUUCUUGGACUGCGUCAUUAUCAGCCAUUUCCACCUGGACCACUGUGGUGCACUACCCUACAUGAGUGAGAUGGUGGGCUAUGAUGGUCCCAUUUACAUGACCCAUCCCACCAAAGCUAUCUGCCCAAUCUUACUGGAGGACUUCAGGAAGAUCACUGUUGACAAGAAAGGAGAGACCAACUUCUUCACUUCACAGAUGAUCAAGGACUGCAUGAAAAAAGUGAUUCCACUGAACCUUCACCAAACAGUUCAGGUGGAUGAUGAGUUGGAGAUCAAGGCUUACUAUGCUGGGCAUGUUCUUGGGGCAGCCAUGGUGCAGAUCAAAGUAGGGGCAGAAUCAGUGGUUUACACUGGGGAUUAUAAUAUGACACCCGAUAGGCACUUGGGAGCGGCCUGGAUUGACAAGUGUCGUCCGGACAUCCUGAUCACGGAGUCGACCUACGCCACCACCAUUCGGGACUCCAAGCGCUGCCGGGAGAGGGACUUUCUGAAGAAGGUGCAUGAGACGGUGGAGAGGGGAGGGAAGGUUCUCAUUCCAGUCUUUGCUUUGGGAAGAGCUCAGGAACUCUGCAUUCUCCUGGAGACAUUCUGGGAGCGGAUGAAUCUUAAAGCACCCAUCUACUUCUCCACUGGUCUCACAGAGAAAGCCAACCACUACUACAAGUUAUUCAUUACCUGGACCAAUCAGAAGAUCCGCAAGACCUUUGUGCAGCGCAACAUGUUUGAGUUCAAGCACAUCAAGGCCUUUGACCGCUCCUAUGCAGACAAUCCUGGACCAAUGGUGGUGUUUGCUACCCCAGGAAUGCUACAUGCUGGACAGUCUUUACAAAUAUUCAAGAAAUGGGCUGGCAAUGAGAAAAACAUGCUUAUCAUGCCAGGCUACUGCGUGCAAGGCACGGUGGGAUACAAGAUUCUGAAUGGUCAGAAGAAGCUGGAGAUGGAGGGAAGGACUACGCUGGAGGUGAAGCUGCAGGUGGAGUACAUGUCUUUCAGCGCCCACGCCGACGCCAAGGGCAUCAUGCAGCUCAUCCGCAUGGCGGAGCCGCGAAACGUGCUGCUGGUGCACGGUGAGGCCAAGAAGAUGGAGUUUCUGAAGGACAAGAUCGAGCAGGAGUUCAGCCUGAGCUGCUUCAUGCCAGCCAAUGGAGAGACGGCAACCGUGACGACCAACCCCUGCGUGCCUGUGGACAUCUCCCUCAACCUCCUGAAAAGGGAGGCAGCCCUCGGAGGGCCCUUGCCGGACCCAAAGAAACCCCGCACCAUGCACGGGACCCUGAUCAUGAAGGACAAUACCCUGCGGCUGGUCUCCCCCGAGCAGGCCCUAAAAGAGCUGGGACUUAACGAACACCAGCUGCGCUUCACCUGCCGCCUGCAGCUUCAGGACCCCCACAGUGACACCGACACCCUCAGCCGGGUCUACACCCACCUCAAGAGCGUUUUGAAAGGGUACACCAUCCAGCACCUGCCCGAUGGCACUGUCAUGGUGGAGUCCAUCGUCAUCAAGGUCAACUCUUCCUCAGAAGACCCCAACAACAAAGUUCUGCUGCUCUCCUGGAGCUAUCAGGACGAAGAGCUGGGCAGCUUCCUGUCAACACUGCUGAGGAAAGGCCUUCCUGCCGGAUUGUGCUGAAAAGCAUUCCUCAAGGGCCAAGCUUAUCUCUGAAUUCAAUAUGUGGGGGUUUUUCUAUGAAAAUUUUAUAAAUAAAAGCUGUACCAUUUGGUUUGUAUCAGUAAAA